AUGGCCACUGCAGAAGUCCAGAUAGCACCCGACAACACCUUCGGCCACAAGGUCGAACUCGAUGUUCAACAGACCAAGGUGAAGAAGCACGAUGUCUCGACCGAGCUGUACUAUUACAAGGACGAUGGACAUCCUCCAGCGCCAGCUAUCGUCGGCAAGCCAGAGACCUACGACAGGCCAAGUACAACCCAGCAAGUGACCGUCCAUGACAUCUCAGGAGAAGAGGACAAGUAUACCCUCGACAGCCACGGCUUCCAGAUCUACAACCACGCCAGUCAGGAGAAGGAGUUCCGGGACGACAACAAGAUCAAGGCCGAGUACUAUCCCGAGACCGAGCAAUUGUUGAAAGACGCUACGGGCGCCGUUCGUGUCUUCAUCUUUGACCAUACCGUCCGUCGGCACGACGAUGAUCAACGCAAGGCGGGAGGCGUCCAGCUUCGAGGUCCUGUUCGUCGAGUCCAUAUUGACCAGUCUUACUCGGCUUCGGAACAGCGCGUGACCCACCACUUACCCGAUGAGGCCGAGGAGCUGCUCAAGAAGCGCUUCCAGAUUAUCAACGUCUGGCGUCCGAUCAAAACAAUCUUCAAAGAUCCUCUUGGCGUCGCGGACUCCCACUCCGUUCCCGACAGCGAUCUAGUUGGGACAGCGUUGGUAUAUCCAGACAGACGAGGCGAGACGUACUCGGUGCGGCCGAAUCCCAAUCAUCAGUGGUACUACAAGUAUGGUCAGAGGCCUGACGAGGUUACCAUGAUCAAAUGUUUCGACAAUCUUGAUGAUGGACGGGCGAAACGAGUACCGCAUACCGCCUUCAUUAACCCAGAGGAGGAGGACAAGUAUUCGCGGGAGAGUAUUGAGGUCAGAGCGUUGGUAUUUCAUGACUACUAG